GAUCCAUGAUACAGUCAAACUCUAGCGUCAACGCUUCAAUCAUCGGCAGGUGCUCCGGGUUCACUUGAGACAUUUCAUUAAAGUGGGGUCCAUGGAAGCCCUAGACAAAAUAUGGUAUAGUCUUAAUAAUGAACACUUCCUCUAACUGCGGCUCGAUUGGAUGAACCGUGGUUUACGAUAUAAUCACCCCGGCCCGCACUGCGUUGAUAAGUAAAGACAGCCUGAUUUGAAUUCCGGCCCUUCAGCUCUCAGUCUAGAAGAAUUCAGCUAUUGCGAAUGUCAAAGCGAAGGGAGAAUUGCAAGACCUUGUUAUGAUUUCACCGAAGUCACUCAUUUAUUUCACUUCGCAGCUGCGUGAAAUUUGAAACACAAUUCAGAACCAUCGAUGUUUGUUCACUAACUCGCGCUUUACGCAGCUCUGGAGCAUUGAUUUGAGCUUCCCGGACGGAGAUUCUCGGUUCCGCUUCUGUGACCCAGGCCCUGUAUGUCAGCCAUGGUUGGUUCCAAUUAGUUGUUCCGAGAGAUGGCACACGCUGUCCCUGCUCAGAGGAUGUUGUUACCGGUUGAACGUUUAUGCCGUCAACACCGGUCGAGUUGCUCACUCGUGGGCGGCUUCAGAGUUGCUUUGGGGCCAAAUGCUGGUGCCUGUACGUUCUUCGGAGGAUAUAGAGCCCAGAACGAUUUCCAGUCCGGUUGUUGUUCAGGUUGUAACGCAGAAAUUGGCUUCGUUGUCAAGAACCGUGUGCGGUGCCUUAUGGCUGGACACCUUUCCGUUCUUCGUGGGAUGAAGAAUUUCGGCGGCUCUGCUAUUCUGGGUGCGAGAGUUCCGUUCAGAAGCAUUCAUGAUUCGCAAGCGAACAGUUUCCAGAUUGAGGAUUGCGUUGGAUCCUCUUCGGAGAAUUCUGUCGGAUAUGAGAAUGAUUACGUUUUAUCACUGCGGGACGAAGAUAUCGUAGUCAUUGAGGAAGAUAAAUCUGAUAUUAAAGAAUCUGAUCAUUCUUUAAUAUCCAAGGGUGUACUCAAAGCUGGGCUUUAUCUUGUGGGCACGCCGAUUGGAAACUUGGAAGACAUUACUUUACGGGCUUUACGAGUCUUGAAGUCAGCAUCAAUGAUUCUAGCAGAGGACACCAGGCACUCGUCCAGAUUGCUUCGUCAUUACGAGAUUAAGACUCCCACUAUGAGUUAUCACAAGUUUAACGAAAUAGCCCGCAGAGACAUGGUUCUUGAAAGAUUGCGACGAGGUGAAGUCGUAGCCCUCAUCAGUGACGCAGGCAUGCCGGGUAUCAGCGAUCCCGGUAGUGAUAUUGUGAGGGCGUGUGUGGAGGUCAAUGUCGAUGUAUUCCCGAUCCCAGGACCGUCUGCAGUUAUAACGGCCCUGGUCGCAUCUGGUCUAUCCACUGAUGAGUUUACAUUCGUUGGCUUUCUACCAGCACAAUCAAGUUCACGUCAGAAACGUCUAGCCAUAGCUGCCAAUGAAUCUGCAACACAAAUUUUCUACGUACCACCGCACAAGUUGUGCAAAACUCUGGAUGACUGUGUACUUGCUUUUGGACCCUCGAGACGGUGUGCAGUUGCAAGAGAGAUGACAAAGCUUCAUGAAGAGUUCUGGCGCGGAUCACUGGAAGAAGCUCAAAGAGAAUUUAUGUCGCGGAGUCCUCGAGGAGAAAUGACCUUCAUCGUUGAGGGACUUCCGAAGGGUUUUCGAGAUCAACCCAUGGCAGAGGAUGAGUUGAUUUCACGCUUGCAGAACCUCAUUGAUGCAGGAAAGAGCCCUUCAGAGGCCACAAAGCAGGUCGUCUUGGAAACCUCGGCAAGAAGGAAUGUGGUUUACCCACUCGCCCUUGGAAUAAGUCAGAAGCGGAAAUCUUGAUUCGAAGACCGUUGAACACAUUUGGGCCCUCAUUUGUCGGCGCUCCUCUCGACACUUCUCUUGACAUUGAUAGCCAUGUUGAUGAAGAGCAUAUAGUACCAGUUCCCACAGAGCGUGUCAGGACGAGUUUUAACCGAAAUUUGUAAGUUCCAAGGAAGGUGUCCAUGAUCGUUCCAUAAGUAGAGUUACUCGAAAAUGGUAGCCCAUCAUAUGUGAAGAAUCUCGUAAGCAGAACUGGGCAAAUACUUUUGUUUGAAGAUCAUUGUGAAUAGUUCUCCAAACACAGGCUAGCCUCAUUGUUCGCUUCGUUUCGAAUUGUAGAUUUUUGAACCACAAGCAGCAAAUUUUUUGAAUGGUCUAAGCGUUUGAUUCCUUAAGCAAUCAAGUGUUGUGAAUUGUCCUUUAUUGGGGAUCUACCAGAGAAUAAAGUGUUUGGAACCUAUGUGAA